UUGGCUACACUCUCAGACAGUCCCAAGAAACAUUAGCCGCCAAAUUAAAAUUUAAAGGAAAUUGUGCGUAAUCUGCACCGAUGACACAACGGGAACUAACUCCAUUUUAUUUAUAAAGUCAGUGUCCAGCCACGGCGAGCAUUUCGCGGACGUGCGUGACCUAAACAUACCUACGGCGCUCGCCUAAACGCCGGCGCUUAAGUGUAUUAGCAAAAAAGAAGUAACUAUGGAAGAAGUACCAAAGUAUCCGCCUCCGCCGCCGCCUCAAGCGUCAAAGCGCUUAAGCAGACCCAAGAUAACCCUACAAAUCCCUCAAUCACCAUAUGGAGGCCCACCGUCCGCCGUCCCAAGAUUUGCAACCCCCAAUAAGUACCAUGGUUAUCCACCAAGAACGCCAGAAUCUCAUAAGUUUCAUCCCAAUUUUAACCCAGAAUGGUAUUUACACAUGACUCAAGCGUCGGACUUUAUAAGGAAUACGGCGAAAAGUGGCCUAAGUUUCGGUGAAAAGACUGCUCUGUGGAUUGUUGGUAAAUUGAAGCACUUGUCGAAGCGAUGGUUCACGCAUUUCUUUUUGAUGUUGUGUCUGGUGUUGUACAGUGUUAUGGGAGCGGCGAUCUUCAUGGCUUUAGAGGGUCCUCAUGAAGAGAAAUACGACAAGCAGUUGGGCGAUAUUCGGAAAGACUUCGCAAAAACGGUCCAUGAUUUUGUGGUCAAAAAUACAGCAUUAAGGGACGAAAACUACACCUUCAUAGUGUCAAAACUGGAGCUAUACGAGAAAGACGUCAGUGAGUGCAUCACAAAACUGCCGGACAACAACACCACGCGCACGACUUGGACAUUCAUCAACUCCAUGUUUUACUCCGGCACCAUAUUCACAACUAUUGUAAGAGACUCUUAA